AAACUUCGUCGUUUUCGAUUGCUCCACCAACCGAUAAUUCUCCCAUGGCACCCUCCGGCACCGUCGCCGAUCCUCCGCAAUGUUCAACCACCGAUUCAUUCAAUUCCAGCGACACAGCAGAGAAUGAUAUUCGGCCAUUUUUUGUACUUCACAAGGCUUCGUCUGGUAAUCACAAUGGGAAAUUAACUGGGAUUGUGAAAAGCAAGCGGAGGAUCGAAUCACCUUCACCUAAAAUUGCUAAAAGAUCUGAGGUCGAAAGCGUGGAAGAGGAAGAUGGCCAGUUUUUCUCAACUCUUCGCUUUAAAGUUUUCGAGACUGUCUGGUCGAAAAUCGAGAAAACAAUUGAAGAUGUCCUGAGAAAUUCGAACUCUAAAGUAUUUAGUGGGAUUCAUGAUUGGAUACGGGAAUCAUUUGAAUCGAUCAUAUCAUCUGGAGCACUUAAGUUAUCGGAAGCAGUUCGAUCUUAUCCUGUUUUAACUCAAGCUUCUUCUAAGCAAUUGCUUACUGCAAUGGUUCUCACCAGGAAUCUGGAAAUGGUUGAUGAUUUAUUGACAUUUGAAGAACUGGAGUUGCACUUGAAGUCUCAAGGAUGUCAUGUGGCUAAGCUUUCAUCUAUGGACUUCUCAGCCAAGAGUGGUGUAGGAGGUUGCCUUAGAGGUUUGUUACGCCAGUUUGUGAUGCCAACCGUAGAUGUGGCUGAUGUGACCAUUCUCGCAUCAUGGUACAGAGAAAACAAAAACCAUGAGAAUCCCGUGGUUAUAAUUGUGGAUGAUACAGAGAGAUGCUGUGGUCCUGUACUGUCGGAUUUAAUUCUUAUAUUAAGCGAAUGGGCAAUCAAAGUUCCAAUUUUUCUGAUAAUGGGUGUGUCCACAGCACAUGAUGCGCCUAGAAAGAUAUUAUCAGUGAACGCGCUGCAGAGACUUUGUGCUACUAGGUUCACUUUGAGCUCCCCGGCUGAACGGAUGGAUGCAGUUCUCAAGGCUGUUUUCUUAAAGCCGUGUUCUGGGUUCACUGUUAGCCAUAAGGUGGCACUUUUUAUGAGAAGUUACUUUUUGUGUCAAGAUGGAACACUGACAUCUUUUGUUAGAACUCUCAAGAUAGCCUGUCUACAACAUUUCUCAUUAGAGCCUUUAAGCAUCAUGCUCGAGCACUUUUGUCAUGAUGGUGUUAAUCAGCUGUCAGGUGAAGGCACUGAACUAUUGACAGAAGCAACAAUGAAACAUGCCUUUGACUUGCCAUCUGUGACGAGGAAUAAAAUUACUCGGAGUACAUUUGAAAUGCUACCUCAUUUUUUGUUGGACUUGCAAAGGAUGCCAAACCCCUGGAGCAUAGUAGUUUUGUGCUUAUAUGAAGCUGGAAAGUUUGAUAAACUUCGAUUGCUAGACAUAUUCUGUGAGAUACUUGACCCAGAAGCACGUUACCUGAAAUACUUUUCACCUUCGGAAAUUGUUAACUCUCAGAGUCACAAUUCAGGACGUAAUAAUGUUAUCCGACGGGUUUUGCGCAAGCUCAGGGAUCUUUCACCUUCACAGCUGUCUAGCAUGUUGAAAAGUUGGGAAAAUCUCACUGCGGAGUUCACUGAGAUCAAUGACAAAGUUAUUGAAUUGCAUCCGUUCAUGAGAGCCGUGGAAGCAGCUGGUCAGAGACAAGGACUUCCUAACAGCCCAAAAAAGCAUGCAUCUCGAAGCAAUUCAAAGCUUGAAAAAGAGCUUAAAGCCAUGACUGAUAAGGUUGCCACAGUCAUAGAAUUCAUGCUAAGGGAAUAUAUGAAGCCAGUUGAGAGUGUUCCUUUCCACGAAAUUUUGUGUUUCAAGAAUGUCGAUAAACUUCAAUCUGCUUUACUUGGAGACCCGAGAGGCAGGAUCCAAUUAGAUCUACUGGAAUCUCACGAUAUCCUCCACUGUGUGUGCUGCAGCCAGAGAGGCACAACUCUACUGCCUUCCAUGCAUGAUACAUCGAUUUUGUAUAAACUGGCGCAAGAGCACGCUGAUGUCAUUAACCUCCAUGACUGGUAUCAAUCUUUCAAGACGAUACUUAUUCCCCGGAGUAGCAAGGCUAAACAAAAAUCUAAGUCAUCUUCAAAAUCAAAGAAACGGAAGGAAAUAUGCGAAGAACCAGAAGCACCCGCUGAAGCUUUAAUUCAGUAUCCUUUUUUGGUUAAGAUUAGUAAUCGGUGAUCCACCAAUGUUCAUCCUUUUGUAUUUGUUCAUUUUGCAGGACAUUUACAUAAAUGCAGACGACCAAAAUUUCGUAACUUAUCAUAUAAUAAUUUUGAUUCCUUAACAUUUGAUUCCAACAGAGCUCGAUUUUGCAGAGCUGUGAUGGAGCUUCAGAUAACAGGACUUAUUCGCAUGCCUUCAAAAAGACGUCCAGAUUUUGUGCAAAGAGUGGCUUUUGGUUCUUAAGAAUAGUUUCAAUACUUUAUUCCAUUGUAAGUGUACUUUAAUCAAUAUGUGUUCUGUGUUCAUAACCUGUUUCCAUGAAUCUAUUCAGAGUCAUCCGUUUAUAGAGAAUAGAACUGGCGUUAAAAAGAAAAAAAAAACACUGAAUUAUCUUAAUAUAAACAGAAUCGUAAAACUCAUCUUUCAUGAAUC